ACAGAUGAUAACAGAAUGAAAACAAAUCGGAUCAGAUUGAUUUGUUUAUCGUAAAUUUACGAGUGUAAAUUAGAUUACACUAAUAAAGGAAUACACUCACUAAUGUGCAUAGCGCUUAAGGGACUAUAACCCGUGUACAAAACAUUUAAUUUCUCUAUUUCAAUAUCAUUAUUUCAUAUCUGUUAUAAAAAUUAAAUUUUUUAAUGUUAAACUAAUGAAAUUAAGCAGUGCAGUGGCAGCAAACAUUAUUUAUAACAAUCAGUGCACCAAAGAGAUUAGUGAGAAUAGAUGCCAGUAUCGAAGGCCUUGAGUCCAGACCUGUACUCCGGUUAUAACUCGACGCUUAGUUUCACUCGGGAAUACGGCGGGGAUCUGGAUAAGUUUCGCGGAGGAGUCCAGAGCGUAAUAGACCGACCGCCCACACGUUGGCGUAUAGCGUUCUCCCUGCAGACCUUUUUCAACAUCUCUAACGCGGAUACAGUUUUUUUCCAAAAAGUUCAAUUUUUGUGACUUUGAUUGAGCUUCAGACCGCGGUGCAGUUUGAGAGUGUUUUGUGAUAAUGCACUAACUACUCGCCCUGAAUAAAUCGGAUAUGCCUCUAAAACCUUAAAUCCAUCAGUUCCGAGAACGUAAACGGGCCCUGGCCUGGCGCAUGCGUAAGCGGCCGGCCCGGGGCCCCUCGUCAUGUUGAUCAAAGAGUACCGCAUUCCCCUGCCCCUCACGGUAGAGGAGUACCGGAUUGCCCAGCUGUAUAUGAUAGCUAAAAAAAGCCGAGAGGAGAGCAGCGGUCAAGGUAGCGGAGUAGAAAUUCUCAUAAACGAACCGUACGACGAUGGUCCGGGAGGUAAGGGGCAAUAUACGAAGAAAAUCUACCACGUGGGCAGCCAUCUACCGGGCUGGAUCAAAAGCAUCCUGCCGAAAACUGCCCUGAUGGUAGAGGAGGAGGCCUGGAACGCUUAUCCCUAUACGAAAACCAGAUACACCUGCCCCUUCGUGGAAAAAUUUUAUCUGGAAAUCGAAACUUACUAUUUUCCGGAUAACGGGCAUCAGGAUAACGUUUUUAAGUUGGCCGGGAGCGAUUUGAGAAAUCGAAUUGUCGAUGUUAUCGACUUCGUGAAGGAUCAACUGUAUGGGGCGGACUAUGUGAAAGACGAAGACCCGCUAAUCUACACAUCGGAAAAAUCGGGACGUGGUCCGCUUAGUGAAAAUUGGGUUGACGAGUACUGGCGGGAGGUGGAAGGGAAAAGUCAGCCCACGGCAUCGGGAAAAUCUAUGAUGUGCGCCUAUAAAUUGUGCAGGGUCGAGUUCCGGUAUUGGGGCAUGCAAACGAAGAUUGAAAAGUUUAUUCACGAUGUCGCUCUCCGUAAGACUAUGCUACGUGCACACAGGCAAGCAUGGGCAUGGCAAGACGAAUGGCACGGACUUACAAUGGAAGACAUUCGAGAAAUCGAACGUCAAACUCAGAUGGCCCUUAAAAGAAAAAUGGGGCAAGUGGAAGAUGAGGAAAUCGAUGAAGAUGAUAAUAUGAACAACAGUUCCUCCAAAGAAGACGCCGGUAAAACUUUGGUCGCCACGUUGGGCAGCAUCGAAGUGACUGAAGAUAGUCCGUUGUUGUUAAAGAACACGGUCAUACCAAAGAUUCAUACCAAUAACAGUUCGGAUGCGGAAAAUUCUGAUGAGGAAACUUAUACUGUCAGACCAAAGCGUGACGACAAAAGACCUCCGAGAAAUCUCCACUCACCUAGCUCGGCCUCUGUUAAAAGCUUCGACCUCCAAGUGGCCAAUUGGAGAAUCGAAACGCUCAGCAGAGAUUCGGAUUCUGCUAGUGACGAUGAGUUUUUUGACUGUGAAGAUUCGUCUUCGUUAGCUAAAUGGAGCUCCUUGGACCUCUUGUCUGAGGAGGAGGAGGCCGAUUCGACUUCUCCCACACGUAUUGAAAAUAAAAAUGAUGAGUCUGACGACAGUAUUUUCUGUUCCACUUACCUACAGAGAGUAGCGAGCGAAAAAGGGCCCAGAAAAGUGGUGCAAAGGGGCAAAAUUUACUCGACGGAUGCCUCCAGGCCAGAUUCUCCUAACGGCACUCAUGUUCCUUGUAAUACUACUGUGUUAAUUUUAGCGUUUCAUGCUGGCAGUGUCUUAGAUGCAAAUGUAGAUAUGGCAGCUAAAAAAUCUGACGUGACAACAUUUAAAGGAGCUUUCGAGUCGGUUAUGCGACAACAUUACCCUUCUUUAGUGGGACAUAUUUCCAUAAAACUGGUUUCUUGUCCCUCUAUUUGUACAGAAAGCUUGGGAAUCCUAUCUAGCUUAAGUCCAUACAGUUUCGACGUUUCGCCUUCUUGCGUCGAUGUUCCUCAGAUCACUCACGAUUCAAUCCCGAUCGGAGCGAUUCCUAUUUUAUCGACGGGAAACGCCGAAUAUCAGGAUCACGUAUCGCGGACAAUCACAGCCGCCAAUGCUGUUUAUCAAGAUUUUAUUAAGUCGGACGAGGGUCAAGGUUUCACCGGACAAGUUUGCAUUGUGGCCGACUCAUUAGGGUCGAUUUUGGCUUACGACGCCUUAUGCAGAAAUACCGAUCACACCUCGAAACAUUGUGGCGAAAAUCAUUUCUUAAAUAACGAUCAUAAAGAUGACUUACUAAAUGAAGCUUACUUGCGAACGAGCCAUUAUACUCGUAGGUCCUCGUCGUCUUGCGAAUCUCACUCUAAACUGGAGUUUGACGUUUCGGAUUUCUUUUUGUUCGGCAGUCCUCUGGCUUUGGUACUCGCUUACAGGAAGAUUUCUGCACAAGAUGAAAAGUCUGGAACUAUAUCCCGUCCAUCGUGUCUCCAAGUCCACAAUUUGUUCCAUCCAACAGACCCGGUAGCCUCUAGGUUAGAACCCCUUAUUUCCGCCAGAUUUUCUAUUUUACCACCCGUUAAUGUCCCGAGAUAUAUGAAGUAUCCUUUGGGCAACGGACAACCUUAUCACCUCCUGGAAAUUCUACAAAGCAGCCCGCAAAUUUUUAACGACCAGAUGCCCGCGAGACGUUUAUCGGAUGUGUCCAUCCAAAGUACCGUUUCCGGUCUCAUCGAGUCCAUACCGCUUCACACCAUCAGCAGUCUGCAACAAAAAUGGUGGGGCGCUAAACGACUCGAUUACGCCCUCUAUUGUCCCGAGGGGCUCUCGAACUUUCCCACCAACGCAUUGCCGCACCUCUUCCACGCGAGUUAUUGGGAGAGCUGUGACGUCAUCGCGUUUAUUUUACGACAGGUGGGCGGUAUAGAUGGCGGCACCGGUACCGCAGGUAGCGAGGAGGGUCGGGAAAGCACCUUUCGCCCGGGACAACCCAGAGAGAAGUGGAACAAGAAAAGGACUUCGGUGAAACUUAAGAACGUCACAGCAAACCACCGAGCGAACGACGUAAUCGUGCGAGAAGGUGCCGCCCAAACCCUUUCGGCCACUUUCAAGUACGGUCCACUCGACAUGAUCACUCUCACCGGUGAAAAAGUCGAUAUUCACAUUAUGAAGGACCCGCCAUCUGGCGAGUGGAUGCUGUUAGCUACUGAAGUCACCGAUAAAACUGGCAGGGUUUCUUUUACUAUACCGGAAGAUCAGAGCGUUGGCUAUGGAUUGUAUCCUAUUAAGAUGAUCGUAAGGGGUGAUCACACUUCGGUAGACUUUUACAUGGCGGUGGUACCACCGAAAACUGAAACUGUCGUAUUCAGUAUUGACGGCUCGUUUACUGCAAGCGUCUCAGUAACUGGUAGAGAUCCGAAAGUUAGAGCUGGCGCAGUGGAUGUAGUGAGACAUUGGCAAGAACUGGGUUAUCUAAUAAUUUACAUAACGGGACGGCCAGAUAUGCAGCAUCGAAAAGUGGUUUCGUGGCUCUCCCAACACAAUUUUCCGCACGGACUUGUCUCUUUUGCGGACGGAUUUACUACGGACCCCUUGAGUCAUAAGGCUGCGUAUUUGAAUAAUUUGAUUCAGAACCACGGCGUCAUAAUACACUCAGCUUACGGGAGCGCCAAAGAUAUCAGCGUAUACACCAACGUAGGAUUAAAACCGAAACAGAUCUACGUGGUGGGCAAAGCGUCCAAAAAACAGCAGAGUCAGUCCACCGUGUUACAAGACGGUUAUGCGGUGCAUUUGGCAACGUUGAUGGCUCACGGAGGGUCUCGACCUGCCCAAGGGAACGCCAGGAUGGUUAUUCCUAGGGGAUAUUUUGGGUUGCCCGGCCAGACGAUUAGUAGAAGAAGAAGGUCAGCAAAACGGGCAACUUCGUACCCAAUACCGACCGAUGCGGUGCCAUCUAUAGAGCGUUCGCUAAGUCAGAAACGCUACCACUUACCUAAACCCGCGCUUUCAGUGACACCGAGUAGUAACUGAUAGAUUUCUUGUGUGAAUUCUUGUACGGCGCUUCUAUCCCUACCUUAUAUCAGAAAUUAUGGUUUAUCAUAUUAUAGUAUCUAAGCUAAAAAAAGAAUCUACUAUAGUGUAAAUAUAAUUUUUUAAAUGCAUAUUUUUUACGACAUUUGGUCGUCAACAACAGGAAUGUUCACGUUUCCCAGUAUUAACUAUUUUCGAAUUUUUAAGGAUAUAAAUAUAUUUUUUCUAAAUUGAAAAAUAUCCUAUUAUAUUAUAAAAGACCAUUUUUGUAUGCCUUUUUUUAUUUUAAUUUAAUUUUUAAGUUAUUUUGUUUGUUUUACAUUUAUUGUACAAUAUGUAAUAGUUAUUGUGUAUCAAAGAAAAUAAUAUUGAUCUUGUUCUUGGUGAAAUAUAUAGUUUAUUGUCGGUUGUCUAAAAAAAAAGCUCUAUAGGUAAAAUGUUACAACGUGCAAGGUAAAAAAAACAGACUUUACAGUACUUUUAUAGAAAGAUCUUUAGGACAAAAUGUAUUAUAUAAAAGUAAUAUAAUGAUAAUAAGUGUUUUGUUUAAUUGAGCUUAUCUCUAAUAUGAUUUAUGGUUAGAUUUGAUAUGAAUCGGAUUUGGAGAUUAAAGUUGAGUGUUCAAAAAUCCAGAUGUUUCCGCCAGUAUUAUGCCAUCCUCAGGGUAGGGGAGACCGGGGACAAUUAAAACAAUUUCCAAAUAUUUUACAAGGACAUUUAUUAAUUCCUUGUAUAUUUUAAAUCAGGUUAUUUAACUUAUUAUAUAAUGCCUGUAAGAUAUUAAAGGAAACAUAUAGCCUUGUAUAUUGUUUAAAUUGUCCCGGAGACGGGGACAGUUUAAACAUACCAGGGACAGUUGAAACACCAUUAAGAAUAAACAAAAUAUUUAUUUUAAUACUGAAAUAACAUUCAAUUUAAAAAUACGAAGAAAAAACAUUGAUACAUAUAAUUUUUACACUUAAAUAAAACCAAAUUUAAACAACAUAAUAAUUAUCCUAAUGCUGAAAUAAAGAUAAAUUAGCAAAUUAGAAUAUUUAUUCUGACAUGCAGUUAUGACAGAUAUACAAAUCUUCUUGACGAGUGCAUUCUACAUGUGACCAUUGGUGGCAAUCAAUGCACCCCUGAACGGCUAUUUAUUAUUCUAUACGAUUCCAAACAUACUAGACAAAAACAGUCUUCAUUGUCACUGCUGCUAUCGUCCUGACUAUUCUGUUGACGAGUUUUUUUGGACACUGGUGUUUUUGAUGUAUUUUUUGGAUCACCAAUUUUUUUUUUCACUUUCUUUUUUUUUUUGCUUCAUAUUCUUGUUGAAUAGCAUCUUUUUCUGGUGUGUCCGUAUAAAUGGUGGAUUUUCUACUUUUGCGUUUCCCUGUAGUUUUCCGGGGAAGAGCUUUUGGUAACGGCCUUAUUAGCUCAGGUGAAAACACAUCCAAAGAGAGGUUAGAGGCUGAUUAGACACUUGUAGAUGCAACUGGAGGCGGGGUGCUUGGUGGCCCUAACGAAAUAGUUCCGCUCGUUGACGCUCUUGGAGAGUUAGAAUUUACUAACUUUGAAAAAGAAUCAGUGCUGCUUAAAUUUUUAUUCUCUCUUGAACCUACUGCCUGGACUUCUUGGGGGAUAUUUAACUGCAAAUUUUCGGGAGCAGGUCUGUCAGUUACAUAUGAUGGAGCAAAAUCUAAAGCCGUAAAAAUAUCUCGAUUAAACGGCCAUAUACCAGUGCACUGGAAUCCAGCAACAAUAUUAGAUUGUGUUAAAACCAUAGAGAGACUCUGUUUAACGAUGCUGGGGAUGUCAUAAAUUGUCAUCGUUUUGCCAGCUUUUUUAGCCAGCUUUUAAGUUGAAUUUACAGCUUUUUUAAAUGGACCAUAAAUCGAUCGAUCCAAAGUGUGGGGGAAAUGAGAGGACAACAAUGCCGUUUUCUUUGCUUGGUAUGCUUACAUGAAAUUGAUGGUUAUCUAUUAAAAGCAAAACUUUAUUUUCAAUUGAACUGUUGGUAUGUUUUUGAAAGUGUCUUAAGUAUAGCUUCAUCUUCUUGCAUUCAUCCACUAGCAUUUACUGCUCCAAUGCACCCAGGUGGACCGUCACGAACCAAAUGAUCCUGAUAUCUUUAUCUUGGAAAAGUGGGAUGCUAUUUCCAAUUGCAUUUACCGCAAUUGCUACUGCAACCAAAGUGGCAGGUUUUUGUACCGUCGUAACACCGUCUAUAUUAUAAAUGUCCUUCGCUUGGAAUUCAUAUCUGUCUAUUACCGUGGCAAGAUUGUCAAAGAAAAGUUGUACAUUUGUUGGGUUAAAACUGGUCGCCCUUGAAAGGCUUGUAGCCUGGGGACAACGGAUUGAUAGUUCAGGAUUACGUUUCAUAAACCCGAAAAACCAAUCUUCUCCUGGCGAUGAGUUUUUAGUCCAUGUAUUCGGCAUAUUCAAUGAAUAUUUUACGGCUAUUUGGUAGGCCAGUUUACGUAUUUCUUUUGGCGAUAAACCGUAAAAUACACACAUCGAAAAAGUCUAAGGAUAUUUUUAUAAAAUAAUAAUCAUGGUACAGAGUUACUGCUUUGCAGAGUGAAUAAAAAAAUUGUGUUUUAUCAUGGAACGACGGCAUUUAACUUUGGACGAUAUGAAUAGAGCUGUAGGACUUCUUCAAGGAGGCAUGCGGCAAAUUGAUGUAGCUGAGCGUCUAAAAGUCACUCAGAGCGUUAUAAGUCGAUUGUGGCGGCGUUUUCGUGAAACUGGAAAUCUAGCUGAACAACAUCCAGGACGUGACCGCGCUACGACAGCUGCUCAAGAUAGAUUUUUAGUUUUAACUGCUAGAAGGCUACCUAACAUUACAGCUCCUGAAUUAGUUAUCAACUUGCAGAGAGCACACAAUAUUACCGUAGGCCGUGAUACUAUAAAAAAUCGUCUCCAUGAAGCCAACCUCUACAAUCGAAGGCCACUUAGAUGUCCACCUCUUUCCAGAGGCAAUCGCGCUGCGAGAUUAGAAUGGUGCCAAGAAUAUCAAAACUGGAAUGAACCUGAUUAGGCUAUAGUUUUAUUCACCGACGAAUCCAGAUUUGGAUUUCAUCCAGAUUCACGUCGAGUGAGGGUAUGGAGACGAUCUGGAAAUGCAGAACGGUUAACCCUUAACUACUGUAGUGUCGAUUUAAUAGCGUUACGCAUGUAGUGCGGUCAUGGUGACCGCAAAUAUAAUUACCGCCAAAAAAUAUAUUUUUGUGUUUUUCAUAUUGUUUUAUUAUUUAUAAUAAAUAUUAAAAGGUUUUUAAUGAAAAUCGAAGGUAAACAAACAAAACCAGUAAAUAUAUAUAUUUUUUUAAAUGUUUUUAUUUCAUAAGGCUUUUUUUUCAAAAUUUUACAGUUUUUUUAAAAAUAAACAUUAAACAAAAAGUAAUAAUUCUAAAAUAAUAUGGCUUAUUUUUUCUUAAAGAUAAAGGUAUGGAGUUACAAAAAAAAACUUAACAUUACAUAAACAACAUUAUCUAAAAAAAAUUGCACAUGUUAAAAAAGUUACAAAUUAUGCCUGCAGUUUAUGCAAAGCUUUGUCGAACACUCAACACAAAUGGGUUUUGUACACAUGUAGCACAAAUGAAAAGUUUUUCUUUUUAGUUUUGAAGGACAAGUGUAACACGUUUUCCUUUUUUCCAAUUUUUCCAUUUCCACCUGUUCCAGACGUUCUUCAGGAAUAUUUAGAAUUCUUUUUAUUGCAGACCGUAGAUCUCGAGCAAUUCUUGGAUUAUUGGCUCUUCUUUCUAAAUGCGGCCUGACUAGCUCAUCAGCAAGAAUUUUAAUAAAGUCGGUUUUUUCCAUUACUUUAUUGUUCUUAUAACUCUGAUGAAGAAUAUAAGCAUUUACUCCGCUUAUGUCCAAGAUUCGGAAAAAUAUAACCAUAGGCCAUCUUCUUGUACGGCGACUUGUAGAGUGUUUGGCACAUUUUUCAUCUAUGGCAUCUACCCCGCCCUUCGUAGAGUUAUAGUAGGUUACAAUUUCUGGCUGUUCCGUGCCAUCGUCAAAUGAUGUCGAAUGGUGCAUGGAUGAUACGAGAAUCACUGCUCUAUUUUUUUGUGGAACAUAUGAAACUAAGGUUACGUCUUUAGUAAAACCAAAUAAAGUUCCAUCCUUACCAACUUUUCUGUCUUUUUUAGGUAAAAAAUCUGGGGGAAUCUCUUUUUUAUUUUUUUUAACAGUUCCGACAUACGUAAGUUUCCGAUUCUUUAAUUGCUCGACAAGUUCUAAAGAAGUAAACCAGUUAUCGGCGGUAAUAUUUCGAUUUGAUCCAGCUAUUGGUUGUACUAAUCUCAAUACAGACUGCGUUGGUUUAUUAAAUUUUUUUAAAUGUUCUUCCAAACCAAAUCCAUCAGAGUCUUUUCCAGUAUAUAUAUACCCAUUAAAAAAAUAGUGUGUACGUGCAUCUGUCAUACAUACGAUCUUGAUUCCAUAUUUGCAUGGCUUAUUGGGCAUAUACAUUUUAAACCUGCACCUUCCUCGAAAAGAGACCAACAUCUCAUCAAUGCAGCAGUUUACUCCCAAAGAAUAUAGAGUCUGACAAUUUUUGAUAAACUGAUCAAAAAGUUCAGAUAUUGCAGCAAGUGGAUUUUCUUGUUUCCUGAUAUUUCGGUCUAAAGAAUUGUCAAAGCGUAAGCACGCUAAUAGAAAUGCAAACCUCUGCUUACUCAUCACACAUCGAAAUAUUUCUCGUCCAGUGCCAUCGGUUGCAAAUAUUCUGGAUAUAUUUUCAUGAUUUGACACAAAAAUUGCGCUGUAAAAUAACAGGCCGAUAAAAGCUUUUAACUCAACAAUGUCCAAAUCUUGAUGCUCUGAUCUUGAUGAAUUUUUUAGAUUGGCCCUUUGUUUCUUUAUUUUCUCAUUAGUCUAAUGCAAAAUAGUUUUUAACAUAUCAUCCGUGAUCAGCAAGUUCCAAACUGCAAAAGGUUGUGCUUCAUGCCCUAACAGACUAGCGGAUCCUCGUAGAGUUGGUAAACGAAGCACAAUAUUGUGCUUUGGAGUUCGGCUUCGCGAUGUAAAGCUCUCAGAUGACCACUUGAAUCGGUUUUUGCCAUAGAAAAUUUCUUGAUUUUUUGGAAGCUUGGUUUACCGGUUCCUCAUAAUCCUCAGAAUCUUCCUGCUCGUCGGUAUUGGCAAACUCCUCUUCUUCCCCUUCCUGUUCUGUAUCAGUGUCAUGUUCACUUGGUUCAUAAAUACUUUCACUGGCACUAUCUUCAUCACUCUCAAUUGCAGUCAACAUUUCAUUUUCGAUUUCAUCUAACCACCUUAAACCUGUAGACUCAAAAUCAGUAUCGCAAAACCGAAUUUUUUUUGACGGACCUGGCGCAUCAUUAGCCAUAAUAAAUUUGAAUAUUCGUUACAAGCAAAGAAUAAAAUAUUUCACCGUUACUGUACUGCGGUCACUAUGACCGCAAAAAAAAUUUAACUCGGCGUAACUAAAAAAAUAGAGACAUAAAACACGACGUACUCGCACUGCUUUCUUGAAUUGUACUAAUUUAAAGGUACAAGGACGCCCAAGGCAUUAUAACUUGAGAGGGGGCAAAUUUUAGAGAUCUUGAUAAGCGCUGCGGUCAUGGUGACCGCACCACAGUAGUUAAGGGUUAAGACAUGUCCAGGAAGUGUAUACAUACAGAGGGGGUACAAUUAUGGUAUGGGCUGGAAUAAUGAUGGGCGUCAGAACCGACCUUGUAUUUCCAGAUCGCUUCCUUACAGCUCAGCAGUACAUCGAUACCAUUCUUCAACCUGUUGUUCGUCCGUUUGCUGGCGCUGUUGGCCGAAACUUCCACUUAAUGCAUGAUAAUGCGCGUCCACAUGUCGCACGCGUAGUGAGAGACUGGUUGGAGAACGAGGGGAUUGAUGUAUUGCGAUGGCCAGCACAAUCUCCUGACCGUAAUCCAAUUGAGCAUGUAUGGGAUAUGCUCCAACGAAGAAUGACUCCACAGAUGGGUGACAUUUACACUGCCUUUCGUUUCCGGGAGCGACUGAUAGCGGAAUGGGCAAAAACCCCAACAAAACAUCGACAACGUUAUUUUGUCUAUGAACAAUAGAUGUCGAGCCGUCAUAAACCAGCGUGGAGGUCAUACUUUGUAUUAAUUUGCGUUUUUUAUAAAGAUUUUUUUUUGUUUUCAAUUUCGUGUUUGUGACUCAAUAUCUUCAAUAUUGCGGAGGGUUGUUGGGUGGGGUCAGAAAUAAAACAGAAACCUGUUUACCUAAAUGUCGACGUUUCGACUUAUAUUAAGUCAUCCUCAGGACACUAAGUCUAGGUUUCUUAAGUUAUAAUUAAAACACAUUUAUAAUAGGAGCGUAGAAUUAUUGUUGAUUCUAGUUUGCCCACAAUAACACCUACAAAUUAAACCCAUGUUAAAAUAAUUCUACGCUCCUAUUAUAAAUGUGUUUUAAUUAUAACUUAAGAAACCUAGACUUAGUGUCCUGAGGAUGACUUAAUAUAAGUCGAAACGUCGACAUUUAGGUAAACAGGUUUCUGUUUUAUUUCUGACCCCAGCCAACAACCCUCCGCAAUAUUUUUUUUUGUAUCUAAUUUAAAAAACAUAUUUUUUUCAUUAUACAAAACAAUACAUUUUUAAAGAAAUUGUAGACUUUUUUUUUAAUUUUAGUUAUAGGCAGUUCUUUAUUUUUGUAAUUUUGGUUAUUUUUUUAGUAUAGUAAAAGAGUCUUAAUUACUAUAAUUCGGCUAUUAUUUUUCUAGAACAAUUAAACAAAAAAAAAAGUCAAUUUAUAAAAAUAUCCCUAGACUUUUCCGAUGUGUUUAUUUGAGAUGCCUUUAUUAUGUAUUUAACAAUGGAUUUUUCCUGCUCAACGUUAAAUUCUCGUACGCACCUAUAUCCCAUUGUUAUAGUUUCAGUGGACCCUUGUUCAAUAGAUUCUUUCUUUUUCUUAAUAAAUUUGCCUAAUGUAACAUGAUUCAGUUCAAACAAAUCUGCCGCAGACCUUACGGAUGCUCCAUUUUCAAUAACCUCCCUAUACGCAUUUUCGUAAACCAAGUUGGAUUUGGUAUCUCUAUUUGUUUUCCUGACCCUUUCACGUGGCAUUCUAUAACAAAAUAAUAGCCCUCAGAGAGUUUCUUACAAUCAGUUUACGCAAAAAUAAUACCAAAAGCCUUCUAUAAAUUAUGUUUCAACCGUCCCCGUAAAAUUUAAAACAAAAAAGUGGUGUAUUUACACUUAAAUUUCUUGUUUCCACACUUUUUAUAUGAAACGUAAAAACUACUUUGUUGUUAUAAAAUAAGAGAGCCGAGCGCAAACACACCAACUUUGCUCACACACAAACUCGGCUAGUUUCACACUGUCGAGCAGAAAUGUGGAAUUAGUCAAGCGUUGUGAAAAUGGCGACUGUUUCAACCGUCCCCUGUUUCAAUUGUCCCCGGUCUCCCCUACUAUAAAAAUGAUUUCGGCUAAAUAAAUGACGCAUUGUUAACAAAAGUUUAAAAAAUUGCACACACUUAUGGUUUCCUAAUGGUUUUUAGUUAACAUAAUAUUAAAAAUAAUUUAUUAAAUCUACUGAAUUACAAUUAUGAAGUAACCAAGGUUAAUUUAUAAAAGUACUACAAUGUCGCCUUAAUAGAUGUUACUAUAUUAAACAACAUUUAUUAAUGAUCAACCGUGUCGAUACGUGAAUGACAAUGUUUAGGAAAUAAAUUGUUAUAAAUCAAUAAAAUACUUUCCUCUA